CGAUACUGUCUAUAAAGGAGUAGGCAUCCAUCCCUUUGCCCAAGAUUUUGUUCAUUGUUAAACAAGACUCAUCCAGCCAAACUUUCAUUUCCAUCGCUGCUCCAAACUUCUCUGGUUCAUAGAUCCCCAAUUCUAUCUUUCCUCUUUUCCAUCCUCUGGUCAACAGCAUGCCCUGGCCCUCCAAGUCUUCAUCGAGGGAUAGCUCCCGCUCCAGCAGCUCUAGCCAGAGUAGUGAGGACUAUGCCUUGAGCCUCAACAUCCACGGAGAUGGAAGAAGCCCAGCCAGCCCUGCUCACUGGGAAGCCAUGAUCCACAAACGCGGCGCGAAGGAGGGUGAUCACUACCGCGUCCGCAAGAACGAGGAGUUCUAUUACGACUCCCCGAAGAACUCGCGCCCGAUCGAUGCCGCCUACGGUCGAACUGAAAUCAGCCACUUCUCGAGCUCGCGCAAGAAGGACGCAGAGCGAAUCCUGAACGACUACGGCAGUAACCACGCAAAUCUACCUCGUGGAAGUGCCAAUUCCCAAAGCUGGACUGUCGGAGCACUUGGAGCGCUGGAACGGGAGAAAUUGGCUCCAGAAGGCACGAAGCGCUAUUGGAGUGGCAACGUUGGCAGACAGUCGGCUGAUGUUGCGGAUCGACUUCGGCGCGAUGGUACAUCUUGGAUUUCGAAUUCGGGUGCUGCGGGACAGCACCGAGGACGUGCCGAGGGACAGGCAUCUCGUCCUGUUGGACGCUUGGAUAUCAAUGCACUUUCUGGUCGGAGUGGGCGCAGUAGAUGAGCACAGGUCUGGGGUCAAGGUCGCUUUCUAAGUGACGCACCCGGCUCCAGGCUAUAUGUUAUCUAUACAUGUUAAGCUGCUUGUUGGUUUCGUUGGCUGGUUUCUGUGCUUGCUGUGUCCUAUGUUUCUGGUUGCUUCUCUGAGAACUUUCUGUCUUCUGCUUAGUUAAGUUGCUUUUUUAAUUUUGCUGUAUUGUACCUGCUUGUGAAGUCAUGGACCAUGGUAUAUGCGUUGUGAAACAUGCGGAUCAGUUUUGC